CACACCGAGAUGAAGUGUAAGUGUGUCGGAGCUCGGACGCGCUCUCGGCAUGGCGGUGGUAUACUUCGACUGGCUGGACUACCUCGUCUUCGGGGCCAUGCUACUCAUGUCGGCCCUCAUAGGGGUCUACUUCGCGUUUUUCGCGCGGAAGAAACAAAACACCACCUCCGAAUACCUGAUGGGAGGCAAGAAAAUGGGCAUGUUUCCCAUAUCAAUGUCACUGAUUGCCAGCUAUAUCUCCGGAAUCUCACUGCUGGGUCUGCCAGCUGAGAUGUACACAUACGGGACGCAACUGUGGACUAUUGUGCUGUCGGAAUGGGCGGUUUCUUUGACCAUAGCUAUCAUUUAUUUACCUGUAUUCUACAAUUUGCAAAUAACAUCAACGUACGAGUAUUUGCGGUUGAGGUUCAAUCAGAAAGUUCGUCUCUUGGGGUCAAUAAUCUUUAUUAUCAAGAUGAUGCUAUACAUACCGAUUGUUAUUUACGUGCCUGCUUUAGCGUUUAGUCAAGUGACUGGAAUCAACCUUCACAUGAUUACUCCAAUUGUGUGCAUCGUAUGCAUUUUCUACACUACACUGGGUGGACUGAAGGCUGUAGUAUGGACGGACACCUUACAAACGGUGAUGAUGUAUUUUGGAGUUGUAUUUGUACUUGCGUACGGUACCUGGCGCUUGGGAGGCAUAGGAAAUGUUAUUGAGAUAAACAGAAAAGGAGACCGUCUUGACUUUUUCGAUAUGCGUCUAGACCCGACUAUCCGGCACACAUUCUGGACAACCGUGUUUGGGAAUUAUUUCAGCUGGCUCGCAUCUUGUUCUGUUAACCAGGCUAUGGUCCAGCGCUGUCUUGCUUUGUCUUCUUUAAAAAGAGCUCGCAUAACAAUAUUCAUAAUGGCAGCAGGCAUAUUCAUAAUAGUAUCACUGUGCUGCUACACUGGUCUCGUGAUCUACGCCACUUUCGCGGACUGCGACCCUCUGUCAGUAGGAUCCAUCAGGAAGAGCGACCAGCUGCUGCCUUACUUUGUGAUGACCAUAACGGGGGCUAUACCAGCACUACCUGGUAUAUUUAUGAGUGGGGUGUUCAGCGCUGCUUUGAGCUCUAUGUCAACUGGCUUGAACUCUUUGUGUGGCGUAAUUUUUGAAGAUCUCAUAAGGCCUGCCUAUGACAAGCCUAUUUCAGAAAAAACAGCAAGUUUCAUAAUGAAGAUUAUCGUCGUAGUUAUAGGGGCUACGUGUGUAGCGUUAGUAUUUUUGGUGGAGCACAUGGGAGCGCUAAUACAGGCAGGAAAAAGUUUGGCUGGGAUUACUGCAGGCAGUUUGUUGGGCCUAUUUUCUAUGGGACUCUUUCUGCCAUGGACUAACUCUACGGGAGCGUUAGCCGGUGGGAUAACUUCCACCCUUCUCGUCGGGUGGAUCUCGAUAGGCACGCAAGCGGCCAUGAUACGAGGGGACAUCGUGGUUGUCCCGAAGUCGGUGUCCGUAGCGGGCUGUCCCGCGAAUAUGACCACUUUCACCACCCCCAUGCCGUCUACACAAACUGUGGAGUUUGACCGGUCAGGCACGUUCUUCCUGUACCGACUGAGCUACUUGUACUACACGCUGGUCGGGAUGACUGUGUGCGUGUUCGUCGGCGUGGUAGUGUCGUAUUUUACGCAGCCCAACGACCCUGCUUUGGUUCACCGUGACCUGCUGACGCCGGUGAUCCACAGCUGGCUGCCUCCGCAGAGCCCGGGCUGCCGGCGCCCGCGCCUCACGCAGCACGACAUCGAGUUGCACGCGCGCGAUCUAGACCACCUGCGCGUGCGAACGCCUUACACAAAAGUCGAAAGCACCCAAGACGACGACUUCGUGCCUCACAGGAACAACAACAACAGCUAAUACAAAAGGCGGACAGACGAUCAGCCUAGGUUAGUUAGUAGUUAGAAAAAAUAUGUGUUAUAAAACGGUGACUACCUUUGACUAUAUUCUGGACCAAAUAUUAUAAUAAAGAAUUUAUUUUUA